AUGAAAAUCAACUAGAAAGAAUACCCAAAGUUAUUUCCUGAACAAUAGUAAUUUAAUGAAAGAGUUAAAGGUGAUUAAGUACUUAAAACAAUAUCACAGAGUAGCUAAAUUCGACACAAUAUAUCAACAUAAAGCACUAACAUACCUCCUACUUCUAUAAAUAAUAGACAUUUUAAAAAUGAUGAAAGUUUGAAUAUGCCAAUUAAUGAUGAUGAAAUAUCUGCCUUUUUAGUGCAUCCUCAAUCAACUUAAAAUUUAAACAGCAACAAUAGCAAUAAUAAUAACAAUUUCUUUUAAAAUAAAUGUAAAAGAAGUAUUCAGCACAAGAAAUCUCAUUCAAAUGCAGUAUAAGUUAAAGAAUAUUCAUAUGCUGAAUAAUAAAAAAAGAAAAAAUAGUUUUAAUUAAAUAGUAGCUUGCAAGGAUUUUCAAACAAUGUUAAAAGUGCAAAUGUAAAUAGCAGCUUUAGUUAUUCGAGUUAAACAAAUUAAAAUUAAGUUUAAAAUAGCAUGCUUAGCGCUAACUAUAGUAGUAGCUUUUACAAUCCUACAAAAAAAAGUUUAAAUGAUAUAAAUAUAUGA